AGAAAAUAAGAAGAAAAAGAGUAUCCAUUACAAUGUACCGUGUGGAGAACAACCAUCUUUGUCUUUCUCAAAAACCAGUAACCACUUCCCAUCCACCAUAUUUCAUUAGCAAAACUCCCUUCACAAUCAAUCCUCCCCCAUUAAAUGCUUCUUCCUUUUUCCCUUUAUAUAUUUCUAUUGCUUACUAACCUCACUUUCCCAUUAUUUUCUUUUAAAAAAUUUUCUUGUGUCAGAGCUUGCUGGUUGCUUCAUUACAGAAGGGUCUUUGUGCUUUUUUUUUUCUUUUCUUUUAAUUAAUUUGUUUUUGUUGGUGGAAAAACAUGUGGGUCUUUAUUCUUUGCUUCCCAUUAAAGAGCAGUUCUUGAUGGUUUUUUGGAUCUGUAAUCCGUGAUUUUUGGGUAUGGGUUUAUGUUUUUAAAACUGGGGGGAAAAACAGUCCAGAACUUUGUAUAUACUUUAAUGUAGGCAAAGGCAUGUCUUUGGUGACUUCCAAUUUUUUUUUCACCUAUGAAAAGUUGUGGUUUUUAAAACCUUUUUUUCUGUUUACUUCAAAUGUGGGAUUUUUCGAUUAAAUUCAUGUUUUGAGAAAGGUGGUUUCCUAAAGAUGGGAUCUAAAAAUGGGUUUUUUUCAACUCAAGAUUUCAGUAUAGAUGCUAAGUGGUUGAUUGAUCCUCGGCAGCUUUUUGUUGGUCCCAAGAUUGGAGAAGGUGCUCAUGCUAAAGUUUAUGAAGGAAAAUAUAAAAAUCAGACAGUUGCCAUUAAAGUUGUUAGAAGAGGCGAAACCCCUGAAGAGAUUGCAAGAAGAGAAGGAAGGUUUGCUAGGGAAGUUGCUAUGUUAUCCAGAGUUCAACAUAAAAAUCUAGUGAAGUUUAUUGGAGCUUGCAAGGAACCUAUCAUGGUGAUUGUAACCGAGCUUCUACUAGGUGGUACGUUGCGUAAAUACCUUCUAAAUAUGCGGCCAAAGUGUUUGGACAUGCGUGUUGUGAUUGGAUUUGCACUCGAUAUUGCUCGUGCAAUGGAAUGCUUACACUCUCAUGGGGUCAUUCAUCGGGACCUUAAACCGGAGAACUUGAUCUUGACCGAGGACCAUAAAACGGUUAAACUAGCAGAUUUCGGUUUAGCCAGAGAAGAGUCAUUAACAGAAAUGAUGACUGCUGAAACCGGGACGUACCGAUGGAUGGCUCCUGAGCUUUAUAGCACAGUUACGUUAAGGCACGGAGAGAAAAAGCAUUACAACCAUAAGGUGGAUGCCUACAGCUUUGCUAUCGUGUUGUGGGAACUUAUUCAUAACAAGUUGCCAUUCGAAGGCAUGUCAAAUUUACAAGCAGCAUAUGCAGCUGCUUUUAAGGUUGGCCUUCCCAAUAACGAUACCAUCAGUCCAACUCAAAAUGUUAGGCCUAGUGCUGAUGACCUUCCUGAAGAUUUGGCAUUGAUCGUGACUUCAUGUUGGCAAGAAGAUCCAAAUGCUCGGCCGAAUUUCAGCCAAAUCAUACAGAUGCUAUUACGCUAUCUCUCGAUCAUCUCGCCAGUGGAGCAAGUUAUGCCUCCUAAGAGAACAACAUCCGAGAAUGCUGUAUUGCCACCGGAGUCACCUGGUACAAGUUCAUUGAUGGGUGCAAGAGAUGGUGUAGGGGAAACCCCGAAAGCCACCGAAGAAAACAGGGCAAGAGGUUUCUUCUGCUUUAACUGGUGUUGUUGAUCCCUCGAAAAUGUCAAAUUCUGUUUUUUUGAGGGUGUCAUAUAUGAUUUUUUUUAGGGGAGUUCAAUAAGGGAAAAAAUGGGAAAAAUUCUAAUUAGCUUAGAUUAGUAGAGUUAGAUGAGAAUCCGAUGGAUUUGUUAACUUUGCAUACUGCUGCUUUACAUUUAACUUUAGAUGAUGAUAUAAGAUGGGAUCCUCAACUUGUGGGAUGUAAAGGGGUUGCUGUGAUGAAAAAAAAUUGUCAAUGUAAAUAAGGUGCAUCCAAA